UGUGUAUAAAACUAUUCAUUUCCUCAAUUCCUGCAUCAUGUCCACUCUCCAAUUUCAUAUUUAUCGAUUUAAAUUUUUGGGGGUUUCAAUUAGGGUUUCCAAGAAGAAGGAUCGAAAUCUAAAUCUAUGGGGAUCGGAGAAGAUGAUGCUGUGGUUGUUAAGAUUCGGCAAGUCUGGUCGGAAAAUCUCGACGCCGAGUUCGAUCUCAUUUCCGAUCUCGUCGAUCGCUACCCCUUCGUCUCCAUGGACACCGAGUUCCCCGGCGUCGUCAUCAAGCCGGCGCACCGCCGCCCUUCCUCGCCGUCCGAUCAUUAUAAGCUGCUAAAAUCGAACGUAGAUGCGCUCAAUCUCAUUCAGAUCGGUCUCACGCUCUCCGACGCGGCGGGGAACCUCCCCGACCUAGGCGGCGGCGGCGGCGGCGGUGGAGGAGAGCGGUUUAUCUGGCAGUUCAAUUUCUCCGACUUCGACGUGGCGCGUGACCUUCACGCGGCGGACUCGAUCGAGCUUCUCCGGCGGCACGGCAUCGACUUCGACCGCCACCGCGACGCCGGCGUGGAUUCGGCGGCGUUCGCCGAGCGGAUGAUGGGGUCGGGGCUGGUGUGCAACGACGGCGUGAGCUGGGUGACGUUCCACAGCGCGUACGAUUUCGGUUAUCUGGUGAAGGCUCUGACGCGCCGCCGGCUCCCACGGCGGCUCGGCGAGUUUCUGGCGGUGGUGCGGGCUCUGUUCGGUGAAAACGUGUACGACGUGAAGCAUUUGAUGCGGUUUUGUAACAGCUUGUACGGCGGACUGGACCGGGUCGCCCGGUCUCUGGAAGUGGACCGGGUCGUCGGGAAGUCGCAUCAGGCCGGGUCCGAUAGCUUGCUGACGUGGCAUGCGUUUCAGAAGAUUAGAGACGUGUACUUUGUGGCGAGUGGGGGCCAUGAGAAGCACGCCGGUGUUCUAUAUGGCCUCCAGCUUGAUUAAUUUAUUAUUAUUUAAUUGUUCAUAAUUAUAUAAAUUGAUUGGGUCACCGAUUAAAUGAAAAUUAUUUAAAUUAUUA